AUGGCUCCACACGAAGGUCUCGUCCACCCCAAGGAGUACGACAUCAAAGACAGCAAUGUCGAGCUCAUCGGCAGCGAGAUCGACCACCAGGUCAAGUACAAGAGCGCCACCACAGAGCCGGCCUGGAACGACGGCCACGUAGGCAUCUCACCGGGACUGAAGAUCUGGCGCAUCGAGAACUUCGAGGUCGUCCCGUGGCCCAAGGAGAAGUAUGGCCAGUUCCUCGACGGCGACAGCUUCAUCGUGCUGUACACGUUCAAGGUGGGCGAGGGCGAGAACGAGCACCUGGGCCACGAUAUCUUCUUCUGGCUGGGCGCGCACACGUCGCAGGACGAGGCCGGCACCGCCGCCUACAAGACGGUCGAGCUCGACGAGUUCCUGCACGGCAAGGCGACGCAGCACCGCGAGGUGCAGUCGGCCCCCAGCGACGCCUUCAUGGAGCUGUUCCCGCGGCUGCAGAUCCGCUCGGGCGGCGUGCGCUCCGGCUUCACGCACGUCGAGGAGGAGGAGAAGGAGGAGGUCACGACGCUGCUGCGCGUGUUCAAGGUCCCCGGGGCCAAGCGCGACUCGGUCGUCGUGCACGAGGUGGCGCCCACGUGGGAGAGCCUGGACGAGGACGACGUCUUCGUGCUCGACAAGGGCGACAAGAUCUGGGUGUGGCAGGGCAAGAACUGCAGCCCCAUGGAGAAGGCCAAGUCCGCGCAGGUCGUCCACGACAUGACCCUCGCCAAGCACGUCGACGUCGAGGUGCUCUCGCAGACCGAGUCGCGCUCGAGGCUGGUGGUGGACAUGCUCGGCGGGGACAAGGACGCCGCCCCCGCCGCGGAGGAGUACCACCGCCCGCGGCCCUUCGCGAGGCACGCCGAGGGCCGCAGGGAGAAGAAGCUGUUCAAGCUGAGCGACGAGUCCGGCCAGCUGAGCUUCGGCCAGGUGAAGGAGGGCUCCUCCAUCUCGAAGUCCGACCUGGACGGCAACGACGUCUUCAUCCUGGACGACGCGGGCAGGACGAUCUGGAUCUGGCAGGGCGCCGGUGCCAGCAAGGCGGAGAAGGCGGCGUGGCUCAAGGUCGCGCAGGCUUAUGUGCGGAAGCUGCAGGGUGGCGACGACGAUGAGGCGCAUCUCACGCCCAUCGCCAAGGUCGUGGAGGGCAGCGAGAGCUCGGCUUUCCUGCGGGCUGUUACGGCUUGA